UCCACAAUCAACUGCUGUUUUCUAUAAACCUCAUCAAGUUAUUGGUUUUUUUGGGGUUUCGGUCUCAAUUUUCGAUUUCAAGUUUUCAACUUUCAAACUUUUGCUUUUUCCUCGCCUUUUUCUUUUCCGAGGCUAUCCCUCUGUCUCUCUUUAUCUCUCCACAAUGGAUUGUAUGCUGUGUCAAUGUAAUAUGUAGAAGGGGAGGAAGCACCUCGACGAGCAAAGAGCAAACCAGAAAUAAAGAGCCAAAUUUGAAGAAGAAAAAAAGGGGAGAAACAAAUCCAGGAAUCGUUUGGAAUAGUUACGAAUCGAUUUGGCAUUGAAUUGGAAUACCAGUAUGUUAUUGUCGCCGUCUUCUUCCUCUUCUUCUUCUGCUUCGAUUCAUCGUCGUCGCGGUGGGGGAUCUGUGUUACAGAGAAAAUCAGCUGUGUUUUCUUCUCGGAUUGGGGCUUUUCCGUCUCCAAGGCUUGUGAGGAAGGUUUCUCUCAGAUCUUUAUCACUGUCGUCAUCGUUCUCUUCAUCCGCCAGCGGUUUUCAUGGCCGUAGAUUUCUAGGUCUUCAAGGGGAACUUGAAAGCAACAGGAAAACUGGACCUUCUUCUUCCUCCUUUUCCAUUAAUUCACAGUUGAUCUCGGGAGUCAUUGGGAAAUCCCUGAAAUGGUGGGAGAAAGGGCUUCAACCCAACAUGAGAGAAGUAAAAGGGGCCCAAGAGCUUGUGGACUCCCUCCUGAACGCCGGAGACAAACUGGUGGUCGUCGAUUUCUUCUCUCCCGGCUGUGGAGGCUGCCGAGCCCUUCACCCCAAGAUUUGUCAAUUGGCAGAGAUGAACCCAGAUGUGCAGUUUCUGCAGGUGAACUAUGAGGAGCACAAAUCCAUGUGUUACACGCUUAACGUCCAUGUUCUACCCUUCUUCCGUUUCUAUAGAGGCGCUCAUGGUCGUCUUUGCAGCUUUAGCUGUACAAACGCCACAAUCAAGAAAUUCAAGGACGCGUUGGCAAAGCACAGCCCCGAUCGAUGCAGCCUGGCACCGAUAAAAGGGCUGGAGGAAAAAGAGCUGCUUGCUCUUGCCGCCAACAAAGACCUCUCCUUCACCUACACCCCAAAGCCCAAGCAACCGGACCUUCUUCCUGCCAGGGAAGAGGCAGUGACAGAGUCAGAGAGAGCACCGGUGCACGCUAUCCAUUUUGAGGCAGAGCAUCCAGUGCUGCUUCCUCUUCCAUCAAGGCGAAGUUCAACUGCAGCUCAAGAAACCCUGGUUGCAUCCGGAAGAUAGUCUCUUGAGUUAAGAGGAACUUUUUGUCGCCGGCAUCAUCUUCAUGCCAUGCCAUUCCGGCUUGUUGUACAGAUUUGGUUCAAGUUAGGUGUGUUGCCUGUAAAAAAUAUGUCAGGUGAGAGUGAACAAAAUUACAGUUUAAUGUCAAAUAUAUAAAUAUAUGUAUUUGCUUGCUUCCCCCAUUAAGAAGAUCGAAGGCCGGUGGAUUUAGUUUUUUGGGAUCCAAACCUUAGAGAUUCUGGGGGAGUGUGUAGGGAAAAACAAGUGGAUUGUAUCGUUUGGUUUUUUGGUUUCAGUUUGUGGGCAAGGCAGCUCGUCCUUCCUCUUCCAAGAAUUAUUAUGCAUACAUUACAUUACAUAUGACCGACCUGCGUUCUAAGUUGAAUAAGUGGUUGAGUGGCAUUAUUGAAGGUUGGUUGGUUUUC